UGCCUUCCAACCGCUUUAUAUCACCGUCCCACUCUCCCCCCCGUCCUUCCUUGUCAGGACCAAACUUCAUCUCUCCUCUCUCCCCCCCUCUUUCUCUGCAGCUGCGUUUCUUCCUUGACCGGCGUCGGCGUCGGCGUUCCCUCGCCUGCAAGGUCUAAAAAUCCAUGGUGAAUUCAAUCGUCUUCACAUGACCCUUGUCUGUGCUAGAGAAAAGACUGUAGUUUAUGGAGGUUUUGGCCAGGGGGUGUUCUUACAUGUGCAGGUCAGAAGUCUCACGUGAUGAGGAAGCACCUGUCUCUAUCUUUCUUUGGGGUCUUUCCUCUGUAUUUCCCUUGCUAUAUUUUGACCAAGGGUAAAUAGAUGUUGCGAAGCAGGUUUGACGAAAUCAUGCUCUCUCUUUCCUUUUUAUGAUAAUUAACUCUUUUUCCAUUAUCAGAACAAACACAGGGAGGGGAUGGCUCUGCUACCGGGCUGGCAUUGUAGAAAAACUAUCUGAGGUUUUCUGAAAGCCUGUAGGCAUUAGUGUUACUGAGUGCCCACCUAUGACAGAUAUACUUAAGAUAAUAAACUAUUAUGAGUUCUCUGCCGGGUUGCCACCAGAUUUUGGCUUUAAUUCUUGUGAACUAAUAUGACAUCCUCCGACCUCCACUCCAAGCAAGACGUUGGGUUCAAGAAUUUGUUUGCAUUCACUUUUGAAAGAUCUAUCAAGCAUCUGACUGUUUAUGGUCUAUUUGGACAAUGAAAUGGUCACAUUUCUUUGAAAUUUGUCCUUAAAUAAUAAAGGAGAGUUAUAGUCAUGGUUCACAGUUAGCACGUAUAUAAUCGCCAGCCAAGUAAGUAACAGGGAAGUUUCUCCUCAGGCUAAUCUAACACCUAGGCUUACACUAGUCCAUUGUAGGUUAGAAUUCGGUGAAUAACUUAGUUGUCCAUUACUAUAUCCUUUUCUGAAUGCAGCGUGGUAUUGCAGGCACUUUUUGGUCAUUGCACAAGUGAAGAUACUCCACUAUGUGAUGUUGACGAUAGUUCUCUUCUGGAUUGGUCCUCAUGCACUGCAUCCUUCUGGGAGUGCUGUAGGUCAGUGUAAGCUCCGGGAGGGCGAGGGUAAAGUAAUAAGCUGGCCACUAUAGAUCUGGUCAAUCAGGAUUGACUAGCUGUCUUGCAAACUAUGAUCAUAUGCAAAUGAAUGAUCGCUGAAUGGGGCUGUGGUGUUUAGGCCAGCUGCAUUUCUCUGUUCCAGAAGAUAAUGAGGUUUAGUAUAUGAAAUAUCUGAGCAUUAUUCACAUUCUCAUCUGACAAUGUGGUGAGGUUAUGAGAUGAUUGGGGUUCAUAUCUAUUGUCCAUAGAAAUGCCUUUCUUCCAGUGCCCAAGGGGACCCGGGCUGUUCUCUACAAAGUCUGCAUUGGCCUCCCUUUGUAACAUAGUUGACGCAAUGCUCUAAUGGCGUCAUGACCUGGUGGUGAUGGUGGUUGUCCAGGUCCCGGUUCGCAAUUAGGGUUCGUUAUGAUCUGAGUUCCAACACCCAUGCAGGACAAUAAUUAGUUUUCUGGCUGGCCCGAUUAAGUUGUUGCUUCCGAAUACCACUAAGCAAUGGCAUUGUGCUGAGUUGAUACUCAUUUAAGAAAAGGAGGCCUUGGAUGCUAUAGAAAUUGCACAGAGGCUGGUUUCUUUCUGUUCCCGCUGGGAUAUCCUUGACUCAGACCAUCCGUUCUUUUACACCCUUGUUGAAGUCUAUUCAACUAUAGAGCUAUGUCAAUGGUCACUGUACGGUAAUAUUGUGGGACUUUCUGAUUUUUGAGAGAUUAGAUUUAUGAUGAAACCCUAAAAAAUAUAUUGUACGGUGGAGGUAGUAUUAGGGGAGAUGUGGGGUUUGUAAUUUUCUCUCUAUGCACAAAAUAGAAAAAAAAAGAAGUUAGCUGAUGUACUUGAGGAACGAUGACUGCAGACUAGUAGAAGGUCGAAGUAGAUUUGUAUUGCAAGAGAUAUUACAUUCAGAAAAUUUGAUAUUUGUUGAUAUUUUCUAUAAGAUUUAUGGCUUACUUUAGGUCCUACGCCUAUAUCUUAUUUAUCCUUCUGUUGCUGGAUUAAUCUGGUCAAGUAUGGAGGCUUGCUGUUUUAUAGAUUGAUGUUCGAUUGUUGCAUGUAUAAUAUUUCCUUACAACUUUGAUCACCGGAAGAAUGUGAACAAGAAAAUAAUCCAAGGAAAAUGACAAAUUCUUCUAAUACCCUGCUGAGUUUAUCAAAUAUCUAAUGGGAGACUUCUUUGUUACUAUUUUUUAAGCGACAUUGUUCUUGGCUGAGAUACUCCUCCCUCCCUCUCUCUGUGCCUCUGCCUCUGUUUCGGGUCAAAUAAAAGGUGAUAAUGUCCUUGUAGAUCUAUUCUCCGAAGUCUACCCUUAGCUUUUGCUUGACGCCGUAAUGGGGCAUAGACAUUUAUUUGGCACGCCUCAGAUGUUUGAGAAUGACCAUGACCAAAGCUGGAACAUGCAUGCAGAGCACCCCUAUGGGCAUAUAGCCAGGGGAAAUGUUGGUGAAAAUGGUGCUUUCUUUUAUCCUGUGGAGAAUGUCUCUUCAGAAGGGUUGCAGUUUACCUCUCACUGGAACUCGGCCCCAAGGUCAAAUGGAUACAUUCCAAUAGGCCAAAAUGAUCAAUUACAACCAUGUCAGCCUGAUGCUCCUGGUCCAUCGCAGGAUCCUUUCAUUCCCCGCUCAAAUGUGGCAACAUUUGGUCCAGUUCCAGAAAAUUACUUCCCCCAUGCAUCUUCAUCCAAUUACGACAGGCAGACACCCUAUGCAGUUGAAGGUGGUGGGUUUACUGAUAUCGCAAUGGACAGCGGAAGAGCCCACCAGAAACGUAAAAGCCCUGGAAUCCCAGCGGUCUGUGAGAGGGGCAAUACUAGCAGAUAUUACUCUGGUGGGACGUCCUCUGACGUCCCUGCAUUUUCGGAAUAUAGGCAGGAUAUGUCAAGUGUGGAUGCUCAGCAUUUGCCUUGGGAUCACAUUGCAGCUGGUAAUCCAGGUUACAGAAGUAACAGUCACUCAGUUAGGAGCGAGUGUUCUCUAAGGAAUGUUAGAAGCAGAUCAGGAAUUGACUUGGAAAGCAACUCUUUGAGGAGCCACUUACCUGAUAAUCCUCCCCUUAAUUCCUUUGCUGCAAGCCACCCGAUUGAGCAUUCUAGCUUGGUGGAUAUCCCUGGUCCAAGUUCUAAUGCUUUGACGACAGAAUGGAGCCAUGCUAACUUGUCUCCCGCGCAUGGAAGAAUCUUGCUUCCAGAUCCACGUGGGUUCUCCCACGAGUCAAACCACUUCUCAGGGGGAAGCAACCCUUCCAAUGCUCCACCAGAUGCUAGAGGAUACGAUUUUAUGACGAGCAGGAAUCCAGUUGUUCCCCAAUUUUAUCAUGUCUCCUCAAGUCAAUCUCUAAGGGGUCCUCGCAAUAGCUAUUCACAUAGAUCUACCCCUGCUUUUAGGCCUUCAAACAGCAUGAGACUUGGCAACGCGAGCCUGUCAGAGGAGAGAAUUCAGUCAAUAGCAGAUAAUUACUCCAGGCAUUCAAGAACGCUAUCAGCAACGGGAUGGCGUCAUAGUGAUAGAAAUAGAAGAUCUAGGAUUACAAAUGAGAGGUAUCGGUCCUUUCCAGAUGAGGCAGGCGUGCAUGAUCGAGUGGGUUAUGAGGGCUUCAUGGUCGUGGAUCGCCCGGCCAUAUAUGCAUCACCCAGAAGUAUGUUAGAUCAACACAGAGACUUGAGGCUCGAUAUUGAUAAUAUGAGCUAUGAGGAACUGCUGGCAUUGGGUGAGAGGAUUGGAACUGUUAGCACUGGUUUGUCGGAAGAUUCGAUAUCAGAGUGUUUGAAAGAAACAGUGCAUUGUUCCUUAUUUCAGAUGCGGGACGAGGAAAAUUGUGUCAUUUGCCUGGAAGCCUACAGAGAAGGGGACAACAUUGGGACUCUGAAGACCUGCACGCACCAUUACCAUGUUAGCUGCAUCAAGAAGUGGUUAUUGAUGAAGAACUCUUGCCCGAUUUGCAAAGCCUCUGCGCUCGCUGAUGACAUGAAAGAGAAGUGAAUUAAAUUAAUUAGUCUAUUAUCUCUGUCUCUUUGUUAUAUCUUAUGUGAUGCCCUUCCGGUUGGGAGGAGGAAAAAUGAUGUCUGCUUAGGGAACUUGUAAAGGGGAUUGCCUUGUUAUCCUAUUUCAUCAUUUAAAUUAUUUUGGGCUUCCGAUAUUGAUUCUGUGAAGCCUGCCCUAGUUUCCGAUUCGAAAUGGUGUUUUAAUUUUAAUGGCCUCA